AUGACAGAGUCUGUAUCCGACAACCAGUUUGGGUUCAUGCCGGGUCGUUCUACUACAGAAGCUAUACACCUUGUUAGUAGGUUGGUGGAACUGUACAGAGAGAGGAAAAAGGAUUUGCACAUGGUGGAUAGGGUCGAGGGCGAAGGACGCAGACGGUUGGUGGUCGGGGAGUGCACCCUAAACGUCGUUAGUACCUAUGCGCCGCAUGCGGGCCUAGAUGAGGAUCUUAAACAGCGCUUCUGGGAAGGGUUAGAUGAGAUUGUGCGCCAGGUCCCGCCUGCUGAGAAGCUAUUCAUAGGAGGGGAUUUCAACGGUCAUAUUGGGUCGACCGCAGGUGGCUAUGGCGAGGUGCAUGGAGGCUUCGAUUUUGGGGAGAGGAACGGAGGAGGUACCUCGUUGUUGGACUUUGCUAAGGCUUUUUGGGUUGGUGAUUGCGAACUCUAG